AUGGAGUUAAAAAUGGAAGACACGCUCAAGAAAGCAGCAGCAGCGUCUUCUGGUGCAUUGCUUACGUCAUUGUUUGUGACACCACUGGAUGUGGCAAAAGUGCGCAUUCAGUCGCAGAUUCAAGCAAGUAUAAUCUCGCCCAAGUCACUUGCCGACCUGCGCGUGAUACACUCAAGUGUUGGUACUCCGAUCAUUGAACAAUGUCGCUGUCGUAGUCGCUGUGUAUGUAAUCGAUGCAUCACUCGUCCUGUCGAUCAGUUGAAAGAUAUGCGACGCGGGUGUAAAUCCAUGUCCGUGAUGCGCUUCUCUCCCUGUUCACGAACCAUGGCGCCUCCCUCUUUUCCAAAGCACAUUUCAUGCAUUGCGUCACAUCUUUCAGACUGA